UCUCCCUCCUCUCUCUGCUCUCAUUCACACCGUCGCUCUCUCCCUCUUGCCCUCCUCUCUCUGCUCUCACUCACACCGUCGCUCUCUCCCCGGCAGCUGCUCGGUGGACUCUGGAUUUCGCCGCCCGCAAAGAUCGGUUUUAGCGCUCAGAAACAAAGAGGGAACAGAAGAGAGAAACAGAGCCGUUUACUGUCCAUGUGGAAGAGAUCUCUAACAAGUCCUGGGGAAAGGGUGAUGUUUAAUGGCCGCCCUCUCACAUUGGAGUCCUCGCAAUCAUAGAUCCAUCAUCAACGGAAACGCUCUCAUCAUGGAAACCACCUACCUCCAGACUGCCCUCCUAGACCCCCCCUGCAGAGCGUGUAAUUGCUGAGGGAGGGGCAGUAUUACUGAGACAAGCUUGCCUGUGAAGAAGAGAACAAAAACACACAAAACAUAUUUGUGUAAGCUUGUUAAGAGCGUGUAUGUCGGUGUGGACAUAGCGUGUGGAGAAAGUGACGGAGAGAAAUACAGAGAGAGAAAGGAGGGAAGAGAUGGUCCUCCACACCACCCCUUACUCCAGUGCCUGCCUGCACUUCCUGGAUGGCCUGUCAUGGAGCCUGGUGUUCCCCUGCUACUGGCUCCUGGACCAGCUGCUGGCUUCCUGCGUGGCCACCUCUCUGGAGAAGCGCCAACGCUCCCAGGACCCCUGCUCCUUCCUCACCCUGUGUGUGCUGAUCACCGCGCCGCUUUACCUGCUCCUCUUCCUCGCCUCCCUGCCCUUCGCCCUACUGGGUUUCUUCAUCUGGGCUCCCCUGCAGGCCGUCCGCCAGCCGUACCUGUACACCUACCACAGACCAGACAAACACCAGGCCGAGCAGGGCCAGGCCGGGCCGGCGGGUGUCGGGGAAUGGAGGCCCCAGGGACGGAGCUUCUGUUUCUGCAGCGCCAACGUGUGCCUGCUGCCCGACUCCUUGGCCAGGUUCAACAAUCUGUCAGACACCCACCGGAGGGCCCGCGAGGUCGGGAAGAGGAUCCGCAACGGGGCCAGUCGGCCUCAGAUCAAAAUCUACAUCGACUCACCGACCAACACUUCCAUCAGUGCGGUCUCCUUCAGCAGCCUUGCCACAGGGUUCCGCCGUACCUCCUCUCUGGACCAGCGUCCAGACCAAACAUACACCACCAACGGUCCGGCCGACACAGAAACAGAACCCCCCACCGAGUGCCCAAUCCACCCCUCAGGUGCCCCAGACUGCCCCGUCCACCCCUCUACAGGAGACCAGGGUUCCUCUGACUGCCCCCUGCACCCAGAGGGAGAGGACACGGCGGCGGACUGCCCGCUCCACUCCGCAGAGACCAACGGCAGCUCAGACUGUCCUGUCCACGCCCCGGGGGAGGGUCCGGACUGCCCCCUGCAUACUACAGGGCCUCAGAGUGGCCAUCAUGACUGUCCCAUGCAUGGGGAAGGGACCCCGACCAAACCUUCCUCAGAUUGCCCUGUUCACACCUCAGGGGUUCAGAUCAGCAUCAGCGCCCCAGAGCCAGACCCUCAGGAGGAGGAGGCUGAGACAGGGAACCACAGGGGUGGGGAGCCGGCGGGGGGAGACACGGGCAGCAUGACUGCCUCCAGGGAGUCCCUCACCCGUUACCAUGGCGGUGACGGUGUAGGGAUAUCUUCCAACAACACUCUCUCUCACGUCCCUCGCACGUCAGUCUCUAAGCGUCCUGGGAGAAAACGCCGCCACGGAGACGAGACGUUCGACCACGAGAUCUCCGCCUUCUUCCCUGCCAACUUGGAUUUUCUGGCUCUACAGGAAGUGUUCGACCACGGAUCAACCACUAAACUGCGGCGGCAGUUGCAUCGCUACUUCCCCUACGUGCUGAGCGAUGUGGGCCGCUACGGCUGGAAAGGAUGCUGCUCCAGGUUCAAGUUCCUGAACAGUGGGCUGAUGCUGGCCAGCCGAUACCCCAUCCUGGACGCUCGCUUCGAGUGCUACCCCAACGGGAGGGCGGAGGACGCUCUGGCAGCCAAGGGCGCGCUGUUUGUCAAGGUUCACGUGGGCACCUCCCAUCAGGAGCAAAGGGUUGUGGGAUAUCUCACGAGUACGCACCUCCACGCCAUAGAAGGGGAUGCCUCUGUGCGCUGUGAGCAGCUGGACCUAUUGCUCCAGUGGGGGGCGGAGUUUCGCCAGGCCUCGUCCCAACCCCCUGAAGGAGAGAAGGUUCUGGAGGACCUGGUGGCCUUCGAUGUGGUCCUGGGAGACCUCAACUUUGAUAACUGCUCUUCAGAGGACAAGCUGGAGCAGCAGCAUGCACUUUUUACUCAAUACAAGGACCCCUGUCGCCUGGGGCCGGGGGAGGACAAACCAUGGGCUCUGGGUACUCUACUGGAUCCCAGCGGCCUUUAUGACGACGAGGUCAGCUCACCUGAAAGUUUACAAAAAGUGAUGGAGAACGAGGAGGGGAGGAAGGAGUACCUGGUGUUUCCUCCCAGUAAGAGCCAGUGUCCGGCCAGCAGUCAGAAGGGGAGGAAGAUCCCGCUGAAGGGCAACGGGCGGCGGAUCGACUACAUGCUGUACAGCGACGAGGGCCUGCAGCCGGACUGGAAACUGGACAUCGAGGAGUUCAGUUUCGUUACCCAGUUGGCCGGCCUCACUGACCACCUCUCUGUGGCCAUGCGGUUGGCUGUUUCCACGGGGGAAGAGGAACCUUAGAUUGACCGCCUGAGCUUUUUUAAAAUACUGCCAUGGAGGAGUGACAGAUGACCAAGAGGAGAAGAGGAGAUGAAGAGUUUACAAAUACGGAGCUGCAUGAGAGAGACAAAAUUCAGUUUUGCCAGAGGAUUGAGGGGAAAGCAAAUGGAUGGAUGAAUCAGUGCGAGAGCGCUCAGUGGAUGAAUGGAUUUAAAGGAGGUGGAGGAGAUCAGCAGCAGAGGAGUGAUUUCAAAGAGAAAGACUCUGGAGGGGAGAGAUAAGCAGGGGAGUUCAGUUUGGAAAGCCAGAAAGAUUUGUUAUCUUCCUGGGUAAACCACCCACACACAUACUACAUUCAGUAGAUAAAACACAAACACAAUGUGACAUUUUGACUGUUGAAUAUUCCACACUCUUCUCCUCCAACACUGAACUGAAUCCAUAGGGUUUUAUUUAGCGUGAAUUGUUUUAUGUAGCCAAUUUAAACCCACUUCUUUUAUGGGAUCUGUUUAGCCGUAGUUAUGAUUAUGAUUCUUUUUUUUUAUGAUUCUUCCUUCAGGGACAGUUGGAUAUACUUUAGUGACUGUGUAUAAAAGAAAAACACACAUAAUAUAAGUGAUAGGAGAGAAGCGUACAGCUAUGACUGGCCUUUACACUGACCGUGUGUGUCCUUGUGUCGUGCUCCUUCCUGAAUGGCUGUCGGUCAUUCAUCCUGCUACUCCCCCCUCAUUCCCAGGAACCUCAACAAGUGUCUUUUUUUCUAAAAAACAAAACUAGUCUUUCUAAAAGGGAGAAAAAUAAUAAGAUACAAUUUCUAUUGUCGCUACACCACUUUUAUAGGGAGUUUAAAUGCCUGUUUAAUACUAUAUGGUAUGUUUCUAAAAAGAGGUAUUGUAUAAAGAGACAUCAAAUUGGAGAAAAA